UUGAUUCUGCUGCAACACAGCUCAUUAAACAACCCUUUUUUUUUUCUCAAAUGCUCUGUGUUGAGGGGUUUGGGCUUUAUUUUUGGAUGUCUGAUCAGGUGUCCUGCCCAGCUCCAAGGCAGACUAGCCACUGUUUGGCUGCCGAUGCUCUGCCCUGCUGUUGUGUGAUUCGCGCUGUUCCUGCCGGCUCUGCUGUGGUCUCCGCCACGCCCUGCGGCGGAGUCUCUUCGUUGUAGCGUGUUGCCUCAGCAACGGCAGGCUGCGUCAGCAGUGGGCGUGUAUCUCAGUAGGGACGGGUUGCCUCGGCAACGGCUGGCUGCGUCAGCAGUGGGCGUGUAUCUCAGUUGGGGCGGGUUGCCUCUGCAACGGCUGGCUGCGUCAUCAGUGGGCGUGUAUAUCAGUUGGGGCAGGUUGCCUCAGUAGUGGUGGACGCCCCUCCCCCACAGAGCGUCUCCGGCCGUCUGCUUGGGGUAGUUUGAAAUCGCGGUUUUGUUCGUCCCACUGGGUAUCCCAAACGAUCUGUCCCUGCAAUCCCCUGGGCUGGGCUACUGUGCAAGUCUCGUUCAGUCUCAAGUCCAGCCCUCUCAAGUCUCAGGUUGCCGGUUCAACAAGGCACCCGGACAAGCGCGCCCUGUGGGGAUUGCUGGGUAGGGCCGGCCGCCGCCGCCCCGGCUGCCGGCUUCGCCAGGCAGACCUACUGCCUGGCGUCCCGUGUCUUUUUAUACUUGGGAGUUUCCCCGUUCUGUGGGCAACAAAGAUCAGUCUGGAAAUGCAGCACUGACUCACCGUUUGCGAAUUCAACGCGGGCUCCAAUCCUGGGUUGUUCUCACAGCGCCAUCUUGAGUCCCCUCCCUGUAUUCUUAUAAAUAUUCUUCAGCUUUAUUCUGGAAUGCAGUAAAAUUACUUGAAAACAGUUUAAUUCUUCUGAGGCUUGCUUUUAAGCUUUGUUUGCCAGAACCUAAGUAACAUUUACUAGGGGCUAAUUUUUCCCCAGUACUGAGGCAAUAACCUUCUGACUAUUCCACCUGAUGUCCUAUGAGUCACUAGAUUUUUCCUCUCUGGCUAUUGGGAACACAAACUAUUGCUGACCCUGUGUGAGCUCUGAGGAUUGCUUCUUGAAUUCUUUGAGGGAGUAGUUUCAUCACAUAUGUGCACUGUUCAGCACUCCGAUGGAUACAUCGAGGAACCCUUCUGCAAGUCUUAGGAGUUCUCUCCAUGCAGUUGCUCCUCUUUGGCGCUCUGCCUUGUGAACCCCAGCCAACUUGAACUCCCUGGACUCAGUCCUCCUCCCUGCUGCAGUGUGAACUCUCUAGAAAGUAUGGCUAAUGCAACUGAGGAACCCAGUGUUGAAUUUUAAGUUUAAUGAAUUUCAACUUAAAUGUAGGUAGCCAUGGAUAGCUAGUGGCUACUGCCAUAGAUGGCUCAAUCUCUAGGGCAGCUGGUAGACAGCCUGGGAUGAGGGGUCCCUGCUCUUCCUUUGGGAAGUGAGCUCUGCUCUCCCUGCAGUCAGGACAUGUGUGAGCUCAGCUGGCUCUGAUCAGCCUGGAAAACCACAAUGGAGAGCUCACCUGUUCAUCACUUGUCCAAGGUGGGCCUAAGAUUGGCCUAGUUCAAGCUGGGUGCUAUGAUUUGAAUGUUUGUCUCCUCUAAAACUCAUAUUGAAACAUAAUCCCUAAUGUGGCAGUGUUAAGAGAUAGAGCCUUUGAGAGGUGAUUGAGUCAGAGGGUCCUGCCCUCAUUAAUGGAUUAAUCCAUUCAUGGAUCAAUGGAUUAGUGGGUUGUCAUGGAAGUGAGACUGAUGGCUUUAUAAGAAGAGGAAGAGAGACCUGAGCUAGCAUGCUUAGCGCCCUCCCCAUGGGAUUCCUGGUACUUCCUCAGGACUCUGCAGAGUCCCCAUCAGCAAGAAGGCCCUCACCAGAUACACCCCCUUGUCAUGGACUUCCUGUCCUCCCAAACUAUAAGAAAUAUAUUUUUAAAUAUAAAUUACCCAGUUUCAGGCAUGCUGUUAUAAGCAACAGAAUAUGGACCAAGAUAGCGGGUUUUGCAGCAGAGUUAGCAGUUUACCGUUUACUGCAGUAUGGCAGGUGCUUAGCUAGGCUCUGGUUCCCAAAGAGCCCCCUCUUCUAGCCCAGUUCUGUCAGAGCUUGACUCAGCAGCAGUGCUGUGAGAUCCUUAACUGAAGGACCAUUUCCGAUUCACCUCUGUAUCUCCAGGGCCUACCACAGUGCUUAAUACAGAUUAAGGUGCUCAGUAAAUAUUGAUUCAGUGAUUCAAAACACUAGGUAAAACCAGGUAAGAAUGCCUACCAUCUGUUCUUUACAAAGCUAUAUUUUGAUGAUUAAUUAUCUAGUAAAUUGAUUAUCAAAAUGUUUUUGUGAGCAGAUUUUAAAUAAAAUAUUUGGAAUGAUUAUAUUACAAAAAUAUUCUGGAUAUAUAUGUACUUAAAUUCACACAUACAAGAUUGAAGUGUUAUAGAAAAAUCUUUGAGCUUUUUGUAAUUUUAUCUCUUCAAACUGCAUUUUAAAUGUUAUGCAAUAUUUCCACUUUUUAGAAUAAAAAGAUGGUUAUUUUUAUGUGCAUAACAAUAACAGAUGGUUCAACCCAGGGUAUGGAGAGAAAGGGAGGUAAUUCCAACAUCUCUCUAAUUGACAGAGAAGAAGAUUUUGUUAAUGAUCAAUCAAUGGGCUUAUUGCCUGAUGCAUAUAGAGGCUAAUAUCAUGGCACCGGCUUUUGGAAAAAGAAAAGCUUUAUUGCAAGUGGGCUGGCAAGGAGACAGGAGGAAAUGCUCAAAUCUGUCAUCCUAAGGUGGGGUUUGGGUUGGUUUUUAUAAGCAUAGAGUAAUGAGAUGUGAUCUGAUUGGAUCUUGUAAUGAGGUGAUGCUGGGAGGCUCUGACUGGAUCCUGGAUGGGAUGAAGUCAGAGCUCAACAACGUUGGAUCCUGCCAUGUCAUAUCUGCUUGAUGCCCUCCUCCUUGAUCUGAGCACUUGGUUUCCCCUGUGGCCGCAUGCUUGGUUCAUCUAGGCAGCAUGCUCAGGUUACAUGACCUGAGGGUUCAUGGCAACUGAAAAACAACUCACAAUUUUGUUACAUAAAAGUCGAACCAAGGCUGGGCGAGGUGGCUCACACCUGUAGUCUCAACACUUUGGGAGGCCAAGGAAGAUCACUUGAAGCCAGGAGUUCAAGACACCAGUGGGGAUAACAUAGCAAGACCCUGUCUCUAUAAAAAAAAAUUAAAAAUCAGCUGGGCACAAUGGCAUGUGCCCGUAGUCCUAGCUACUCAGGAGGCUGAGGUGGGAGGAUCACUUGAGCCCAGAGUUUGAGGCUGCAGUGAGCUAUGAUUAUACCACUGGACUCCAGCCUGGGUGACAAGCCAGACCCUGUCUCAAAAAACAAGGAAAAAAAAGGUUGAAACAGAUUGAUCUGGUGCAGCAACAAGCUAAGGCCCAGGGCACUAAAAAGAGAGCCCUUAUGAUAUCUUCUACCUUAACCACAAGGAUGCCCAAGUGUCCAGAGAUGGAUCCUGGACACAGGCUAAGGGACACUGUUACCCAGAAGCAGCCUCCUAGAGCCAGGGAUCUUCAGAGGCUUGGUUAGAGUCUUAAUUACCAUAGGCUCCCAGUAAGUUGAAGGCCCAGGGGACUGAAGUUGAUUCCUCAGGGAGAAGCUCCUUGUCACUUUAAGGUGUAUUCAGUCCUCUUUGUGACCUUCCUUCUCUGAGGUUGACCCCUCAAAAGACUGCCUGUACUCGUGGCCUAAAACUCCAUUGCUAGGCCUUAUGCAGCGCUGAUAAGAAGAGCUCGCUUGGAGGAGGUGUUGGGCCCAUUCAAAGGAGGGAACGCCUUUACUCCUGCAUGCCCAGAUGAAUUAAGCAUGCAGCUACAGGGGAAACCUAAGUGCUCAGACCCAGGAGAGGGGCUGAAUUAACCUUCUCCUGGAGAAAAAAAAAGUUUUUUCCAAAAAACUCCCAUUUCGCUGGCAUUGAGGGAGCCUGCACUAGCGGCCCAGUAACCACACGGCCCUUUCAGGGGGCUGCGCGGCUGCUUCGUUCCUCCGCCUUCCCAGAAGCCUCUGCGCGGCUUCACAGAGAUUAAAAAGGCGGGAGCGGACCCGGCGGCUGUAGUUCUGGGGAUUUUGUUUUAGCUCCUUAAGUUGCUGUGGGGCUGCUCCCAGGGCAUAGCCUGGACACUGACUCCCUGGGACUUAGCCCAGAUCCUCUGGAAGGCAGGCCAUCGAGGGUCCAGAGGCGCCCGAGGCCUGGGGGAAGGGUGGGAUAUCAAUGUGGUCGCUACGGGUGUAUACCCGCAAAAAGCGGGCGGGUCAAAGGCUCAAUCUCACCCCGACGCCAGACCUAGGCUCUCCCACGAAGGCGGAGACCCCACCAGGUUCGAAGAGAAAAAGCAAGGCGCACGGGUUGCCUAAGAUUGCAGAGAAAACAGAGCAGAGCAGCCGGGGAAGUAGCAGCUCUAGACCGCCCAGCCCUCGUUUAAGAAUUACAGGAGAGAAAAGCCUACAAGAAAACAGGUCUAGUGAAGACAUCCAGGAUGAGAAGAUUGCACCGUUGAGUGAAUCAGUUACUGAUACCCUCCAGGUUGACAGUAGUUCAUCAAAUAGCGAACUAGUAUCAGGAUUAAGUUUGCAGCAUGAUAUAGCCAGUUCUCAUCUGAACAAUUCAGUCACAGACUCUUACACAGAAUACCAGAGUUUUGAAGAGAACUUCCCAUCACCUGAACUGUUCAGAAAAUCAGAUUAUUUAGACUGGGAGUGUCCCAACUUAGAAGAACACAUGCAGUGGAAGAAUUCUACUCUUCUGGAUACCAGUAAAGCAGUAGCGAUAGAGAAGGCACCACAGUUUUCAAAUGUCUCUGCAAUUUUAAGUACCUCUUUAGAAGACUAUCAGAAGUGCCAUAGAAAAAUAGUGAUGACAGUAGAAGAUAAAAAUAUUUCUCCAAAAACAAAGUGUGCUUCAAAUUCAGAAUCAGAUAAUGCAGCUUGUGAGAUUUUGCUUGCUGAGAAAACUUGCCCUUCAACUCCUGAAAAAACAAAGAAAAAAAAAACAAAUUCCAGUACUUCUGAUAAGAAAAAGAGAGGCCUUUUGACAAGUACUCCAUCUUCAGAGACAGCUGGUUUUGUGAUUGAUUUGUCCUCAGUGCAAAAAGCAUCUUGUGAAGAACUGUUCUCAAAUGUCAGCAAUUAUGUUAAUUCAAAUGAAAUUGUCCCUGUAUCAAGUUUGCAGGAAAAUUCUUCAAAUGAGUUUCCUGCAAAUACAUCAGAAAUAUGUUGUAUUAUUAGAGAAUCACCAGGAACUAGACAAGUGAAAAAUAAAGGUGUUAUUGUAAAGAAGAAGAAAUAUUCUUUUCCUAAGGAUAUCCCUCAAGGAGGUGCCAGAGGCAACACCUUAUUCCUCACCUCAAUAGGGAUGUCCCUUAUACCACUGGACCCCUGGAAAUUACAAAGAUGGAAGGCCUUUGGAGACCCACCGUUUCCAUUUGUAGGAAUAUACCCAACUGUAAUGUAUAUGUGUGUCAUCAAAAAUAUAUAUACCAGAAUAUUAAUAGCAUCAAUUUUCAUGAUAGCCUCAAGCUGGAAACUAUCUAAAUGCCCAUUAAGUAAAAUGAAUAAGUAAACUAUGGUAUAUUCAUUCAUUAGAGUACUAUAUAGCAGUGAAAAUCAAUAAUAUAAAGUGAGAUGCAACUGUUACAUAUUGCAUGCUAGAUACACAAUUACAAACAUAAAGAUGCAUUUAGCAAAGGGUGCCAAACAUGGUUGAGUGCAUUUAACAUUAUUUACAUAUAGUAUAAAACCUGGCAAAACUUAAACUAUAAUGAAAAUCAUCAGAGUGGAUCACCUUGUUGGAGUGGGGCAUUACUUGAAAGGGAUCUCAAGGAGGAAUUCUAGAAUGCUGGUAAUGUUGUGUUUCAUUAUCUUAGUGCUGUUUACACAGGUGUGUUCUGUUUGUGACAACCUAUCAAGCUGUACAUAUAUGUAUUUGUUAUGCAUAUACAUACUUUGUUAUACUUUAAGAAAAAGUUGGCUAGACAUGAUGGCUCAUGGCUGUAAUCCUAGCACUUUGGGAGACCAAGGUGGGUGGAUCACCUGAGGUCAGGAGUUUGAGACAAACCUGGCCAACAUGGCAAAACCCCCUCUCUACUAAAAAUACAAAAAUUAGCUGGGUGUGUGGCGGGUGCCUCUAAUUCCAGCUACUUGGGAGGCUGAGAUGGGAGAAUUGCUUGAACCUGGGAGGCAGAGGUUGCAGUGAGCCAAGAUUGCGCCACUGCACACCAGGCUAGACAACAGAGUGACCAGAAACACUCUUAAUUUGAUUUUUGGCCUGUCAUAUUAGUUUCUGACAUUAGAUAUGUCAAAAUUCUGGGCUUAAAGUAUGCAACAAAUCUAAACCAAAAUGUGUGUGGGUGGUUCUUUUGAGUGUUCAGACUGAAGUCUUUUAAUUUAAUUUACAGAGAUAACUGCCCUCACUUCCCCACCCCAUUACUUUUGAACUAAUGAACUAAUGGUGCCAUCUCCUGGCCUCUUUCUAGGCUCUUACCAUAACAGCUGCCUCCUGUUUCCCUUUCAACCUCUGGCCACUUGUCUCUUUCCUUAGUAAAAAUAGCAAAGCACCAAGCUAACUAGUGAUCAUGUUAUUUUAAACAUGCAGCAGCCUAUUUUUAGUCCUGGCAUUUAAAGUUUUAGCUGUUUUGGCAGUACUCUAAUCAGGACUACAGGGUGAAAUUCACUUUUGAAUUUCAGUCUAGGAUUGUGAUCAGUAUGCUUUUUGUUCAUUAAUAACCAGCAUUAUGCUGAUUAAAGAAAAAACAAUGGUGAAAGUGAACCAAAGAGAUGUGAUAGAGGAGGUGGUGUGGGUAAGUAGUCAGAAUAGUGACAGCCAGAUAAAGGAGGCUAUAGAAAACAUCUCUAAGGUUUCUCAAUACGUGGUCCUUCUGACCACCUCCACCAAAAUAACUGCAGACUUGGUAAACUACAGUCUCUACAGAUGGCACAGGAACCUGCAUUUUGAAAGUGAUUCCAUUAAACACAAACAUUUGAGAACCAUUUCAUUUGUCUGUUUUACUCAUUUUACAUGUAGCAAAAAUGACCUGGCCAGGUUAAGUGACUUGCCCAAGUUCACAGAGCUUAUUACUUGCAGAAUCGGAACUAGAACAAGACACUGUAGAAACCCAAGAGAGGACACUUUUAACUUUAAGGUGUUAGAGAAGACUUCCAGUCUAAUAAUACUGUUUGAUAAAUCAGACAAAACCUGUAGCUAACCUUAUAUUAAUAUUAAAUUUUUUAUCUUAUUUUGAGCUCUAGAAGAGAUGAUAACUUAUGUGUUAUGAAUUCAUAUCUCAGGCUAGUACUGUAGAAUCACAGCCUUUAACUAGAUGCAUAUGUUAUCUUUAGUGAUAAGUUUGAUUUUCUAGAUUAUAGCAUGCAGAAGUGUCACACAGAUAUAUGACAAAGUAGAAACAUAUUAAUUUGAGUAUCUGAAAGAUGGCAGUAGAAAUCACUUAAGAAUAGGACAUCUGGCUGGGUGUGGUCGCUCAAGCCUGUAAUCCCAGCACUUUGGGAGGCUGAGGUGGGCAGAUCACCUGAGGUUGAGAGUUCGAGACUAGCCUGACCAACAGGGAGAAACCCCAUCUGUAGUAAAAAAUACAAAAUUAGCUGGACAUGGUGGCAGACACCUGUAAUCCCAGCUACUCAGGAAGCUGAGACAGGAGAAUGGCUUGAACCCAGAAGGUGGAGGUUUCAGUGAGCCGAGAUUGCGCCAUUGCAUUCCAUCCUGGGCAACAACAGCGAAACUCCAUCUCAAAAAAAAAAAAACAGGACAUCCAUAAGUUCAAAUCCUAACUGUCAUAUAAGCAAAUUCCUUAAACUUUCUGAAUUUUAGCCUCCUAUCUGUAAAAUUAGUAAAAUAGUAGUUAUUACCUCAAUGAAUUGUUGCUAGGACUUGAGAUAAUCUUUGUAAAGUGUGUGACAUAUAAUAAUCACUCAUUAUACAAUGAUUAUUAUUUCUUUCUAUAGGUUAGGUUAGUUUCUCAAGCUUAGCUUUCUUUGUUUCCCUUUUUGAAAUUGCAAAAAGCCUAAACUAUGCUGACUGGUUAGUUAUAAAUGUGGUUAUACCAUCUCAUGUAAACAGUGAUUGGUAAGUGUGUAUAGUCUUUGACACAGAUCCAUUGUUCUAGUGAAAAAACAGAGAUGAAAUAUGCCGGCAAAUGCCUUGGGGAUAAAGAAAUCAAGCUAGUCUGACAUCAUGGAGGCCAUUUAAGUCUCUUGUUUUAGUAUCAUGUGGUUAUAGAUUGAAAAGAUGAGGUUCUCUAGUUGUUUAGUUCACUCAUUCAGCAAAUAUUUAUUGAGUCUGGAUGUCAUAUGCUAGAAAUAGUUGCUGGUGAUAUUGAGAUAAAGACAUAGUUAUCUUCAUAAAGUUUAUAGUUUUAUAGAGGAAGUCAAAUAUAUAAAACAAGCCCAGUGGAGGUAUAUAUGUGUUUUUGUUUGUUUG